GAAGUGCCAAGUGAUAUUGGCCCGUUCAGUCGAGAAAAAUAGACUUGAGAUUAGCUAUAGGUGAAGUGCCAAGGGGAGGAUCGACUUGAGCUAUGGACUGAUUGACAUAGUUUAGGAGGCUAAACUAAGUCUAUUAAAGAGAGAAAUUUCAAGAAAUAAGUAUGGCUUCGGUUUUAUUACUUUGAUCAGGUGUAGCUAGGCUGAAGUCGAUUAGUCCGAGUAUUAAGUGACACUUGAAUUAUGUCUUCCUUUGCCAAUAUAAGAUAGGUCCAUGAACGGGAGCGACGUAAGCAUAUUAGUGGUUUGUACAAGUUAAAAUCAAAUGUCAAUAUAAGAUAGGUUGUUGUCUGGGUUCCAUAUAAGAAUGUGAAAUAUAGGUACAACUCAAGUGUAUUAGUUGUAUGUCCAAGUCAAAAUCAAAUGGAGUAAAUUUAAAUUCUACUCCAAAAAUGACAAGUUUCUUUUAAUAAUUCUUUCAUUUUAUAUGAAAACUUUAAUAUAGUAUUCCAUAUUAUUAUAGAAAAAUAAAUUAUAAUCUAUGGUUGCUUAAGAAAUGAAGUUCUCAAAUUUAGAGACGUAUGAUGGAUAUUUUUUUCUUUGACUACGAAAGACACGAUAUACAUGUGAAAAUAUAAACAGCAACGAAAAUGAAAUUUAUAAUAAUGUUAGGUUCGAUUCGUUGUUACAAAAGAAUUAUGGAUAUGAAAGUAUUGGUUAUUCAUUAAUUUAAAUUAUAAUUCUAAAUUUGUUCGAGGCUUUAAGCGGCAAUAUAAACACACCCGAAGCACCCAAAGUUCCAGAUGAUUGCAAUUGGCGGGUAUACAGUGCGUGCUUCUUCCUCUGCAUACUGCAACUUCAAUGGAGAUCGAAAUCUCUUCUGUGAAAAUGCUCUAUAAACAUCUCAUUUUCUGCGCCGUUCAACGAUGCCGCAUGUCCGAUGAACUUUGUAGAUUAUCCGUGAAAUUGACCUCGUUUUCUCGAUUUGCACUCCCGCUCGUUCGAAUAUCAGUUUCUGAUACUGGUGUUGGGAGCAAACCGGAGGAUUACCAAUAUCUGAAAUACGGAGACGAUCCUACUCUGGCUAAUCAAUGGGAUGGGAUGAUUUCUCUUGCAACUACAAGCACAUCUGAUAGUGAGAUACACAAUUUAAACGUAAAUCUAAAAGAUUCUAAUUCUGCUGGAAGACUGACAAAGCUACCCUCAACUGCAAAGAAUGGUGCCAAAUUCAGUGGGACUGAAGUAUCAAUAUCAAUAUCCAAGAGCCUUGAUGACUUGUUGGCAGAGAUUACUUGCUUUCUUCAAAAGAUGAUCCUUCUGAAGAUUCCGAAAGUUGUAAUGGAACUCUUAGUAUGUGGUGAUGAUCCUUUGAGUUCACAGAUUGAAAGUCGUAUUCUGGCAAUUGAGGGCAGCUCUGCAUAUUCUCCUAUUGAAAGCAUAGAAAGCUUGAAAGUGGGACUCAAGGAUUAUAUUCGCAAGCACCAAACUUGCUUCUCAAUUGGGGAAAACCUGAAGGUUGGAACUGGGGUUGCUAAUUCUUCAGAUAGUUCUCAGGGAAAUAGCCAGGUGGUGGAAGCUGUUGUGAUUAUCAAUGAGAUGUCAGAACUAGUUCAUUCUUCCAGCAUCAGUGAACAAGACAUGAAAACAGAGAUCUUAUAUUUCAAAGACUUUGUACCUUGUUCUAUUGCUCCGUCAUCCCUCGAUGCAUUCACAAGCAUCAACUGGAAAAGCUAUGGGUUGGCUCUGCGGAGUGUUGCAGAUCAUGAUGAUAGUGUAAUGCUGGAAUGGGAGAACCUGGCACCAGAUUUACAAAUUCAUAUUGCCAUCCAUUGUUACCAUAGAAAGGUGAAACAGUGGGUUGCAGAAAGCAGUUCACCUGAUCGAAAUCUAGCUAGAAAAGCUAUCAAGUGUGCUUUGGAUGACUUGAAAGAAAAUAAUCAAGGGGUUCUCCUAAGUACACGUGCACUUAAGACCUGUGAUUAUGCACCUGACCUUGCAAAAACGCUUGCUCACCUGAUCUUUUCCUCCAAUGACUUGAACUUCCAAGAAGAAUGUUGUUCUCUUCUCGGGGUACAGUCUCAAGAGGUUAACAUUAAUAAUAUUGGAAAUUGCAUCAGGGAGAAGAUUAUUUCAGUCAUCGGAUUAAAUGAUCGUAACUCCCAUAAGCAUAAAGAAGCCCCAACCUUCCUAUUUGACGAUGAUUGUUUCCAGAAAGAGGAUUUCAUGGACGAGGAAUAUCAAGAAGGUUUAGAAUCUUACAACUCUUUGGAUCUAUAGAAGGUUAGGAGCAUUAUUAGAUGUCCAAUUAUUAAUCUCUUCUCUAAUAUGUUUAUAGUUUACCUCACAAUCAAAUUAUUCUAGUUACUUCUGCUUGGCUUUAUUAUUGCUAUGGAAAAGGGUAAGUUGAAUUUUUUGGUCCAAAGUAGAUAAACUGAUACUCAAUUAUUUCUACAACGUUGUGGUGAAAAAGAGAAUAUAUAUAUUCAAAAUUUCAUUCUCUCA